GCGCGCGCGCACGUGAAGUUGAAGGACUACGGCGCGGCCGAAGAGGCGUGCGGCGCGGCGCUCCGCGUCGCCGGCGACGACGUCGACGUGCUCUUGGUGCUGGCCGAAGCGCACACGGGCGGCGAGCAGUUCGACGCCGCCGUGCGCACCGCGACGCGCGCGCAGGAGCUCCGCGACGACGACGCGACCCGGAACGCGCGCGCCAAGGCCGAGGCCGCGCUGAAGCAGUCCAAGGAGGUCAACUUCUACAAGGUGCUCGGCGUCGCCCGCGACGCGUCGAGCCGCGAGAUCAAGAAGGCCUACCGCGACGCCGCGCUCAAGUACCACCCGGACAAG